AUGGAUGAACUACAACGUCUUUAUGAACAUCAAACAAUGAUGGCAAUUGGAAUAUAUUCAUUUUUAGAUAAUCUAUUAUCUCAUUUACCAUCAACCUCAUCAUCAUCAUCAUCAUCGUCGUCGACGUCAACAACACAUAAUGAUAAUGCGAAUUCUCCAAGAAGUUUACAACAAGAACAUACCACGAAUACAACAAUAAUAGAAACUAGUAGAACUUUUGAUAAUAAUAUAACAAUUCCAGAUGAUUAUGCAUCGAAUAUUAUGUAUGAUUUAAAUGUACUUACUAGUAGUGAUACAUUUAAUGAAAGAAAUGAACGUAUACGAACAUCACUGACGCUGCCUUCAACAACACUAGUGACCUGGCAUCCAUUAAGUGAUUUAAAUAUACCUAGUAUAAAUAAUUCACAAUUAUAUCCAAUCAUACAGAAUUCGAUUAACACUACUCUUAAUACUAAUAAUAUUGAGAAUAAUUUAAGUGAUAAUAUUGAUUCAAUGUAUGCACAAGAUUCAUCAUCAUUAUUAAACGAUAUUCAACCUGGUGGUUAUCUUGAAGAAAUAUUUAUUUAUUUAUCGAAUAGUGAAAAAGAAGAAUAUUUAUGUACUAUAUGUUAUUUAAUACUUAAAGAAGCCUACCAAUGUCAAAAUCAACAUAAAUUUUGUUAUGGUUGUAUAUACACAUGGUCUAAAGGGCCUACAGCUGGUCAUGACAGUUGUCCAGUAUGCAGAUGUGAUGGUUUAUAUGCUAAGAAUUUUGAGUUAAGUGAUCGUAUCAAUAAAAAGCGUGUUCGUUGUCCACAAAGUCAUUGUAAUUGGAUGGGUAUGUUAAGCGCAUAUCAUGAACAUGAACACAGACGUUAUAGUCCAUAUGAAUUAGACUUAUUAUUAGCAGAUUGUAAAAAGGAUAAUAUAAAAUCAUUAACAUCAUUAUUUCCAUUAUCAACACAAAAUCAAAUAGGAUAUAAUGAAAAAGAAUUAUCCAUAAAAGUGAAUGAUUCAUUACAAAUAAAUGAAACAAAUGAAAUAAAUAAUCAACAUUAUCAUAGCACUGAUAAUCAUCAUUCUAAUCAACGUUAUUUAGAUCCUGGAAGAGUACCUAAUGUUUGUGAACCAAUAAAUCAAAUAACAGAAGAGAUAAAUGAAAAUUCAGUUGAAAGAUUAUUAACUACACAAAGACGAAUAAGACCUUUAAGAAAUGAUAGUCAACAUAGAUUACAAUCUUCAUUGAGAAUUCAAAAUCGACAACCUUCACAUUCACGUCAAACAGGAGAUAGUGGUGAAGGAAUGAGAACACAUACUUCACAAGAAAGUAACAAUCAUGUACAUUCACAAACAUUACAUAGAGGGCACCAACAACAACAACAUCAAAUAUCUACAAGUGCAGAAAGGCAAAUACAAUCACAUGAAAUACCAAGUACACCAUUGCAUAGAAGUCAUACUCAUACGAGGUUAAGACCAACGCCUAUUAUAAGAGAUUCUCGGAAUCGGGUUGAAAGACUGCCCAAUGUAAGGAGACUACAAAGGCCAGCGUGUGAUAUCACAGAACAACAACUACCUGAUAGUUUACAUGCUACACAUUAUCGAAGUGAGAAUAGUCAGUCUAGUAGUCGGUUAGAUUUUACACCGAAUAAUACUGGAAGUCAAAAUAUAGAAGCGAACUAUCUGAUAGAUAGGACAGAAAUAAACAGAAAUGAACAAAAUAUCAAUAUUUCUAGACUUUCACAAGUUAGUCUACCAGCAAUUAAUUCUAGUGAAACAAUUACUGCUAGCUCAAAUACACAACAAGGGAUAAAUAACACUGAAUCAUCAUGCCAAAAUGUCAACUCAUUUAAUUCAAUUCCACGAAUCCGUCAACCACUUGAAUUUCGUCGUUUAGUACCUCGAAGACAACGAAGAGUAGUUGAACAGUUGAGAGAAACUCGUGAACAGCUAGCUGCAAUGCUUCGUCUUAUGACUAUGGAAUUAGAAGAAAGACAAAAUCGUGUUUUUAAUUCAAAUCCAGAAAUAGGUAACCGAAAUAGAUUAUUAAGAAGUCAAAACAAUUUAUCUCCUUAUAAUAAUAAUAAUACUAAUGAAAAUAUGUAUUCAGAAGAUACAACAAAUGAAGAAUUUCUUGGAGUAAACAAUCGAAAUACACCCACGAGACGAGUGCAUACACCUGAUGCCAGGGAAAAUGAUAAUCAGUCGAAUUAUUAUACUUAUCAGUUACGUAAUAUAAGUACACCUACUUCAACAAUGAAUUACAAUAAUAAUAAUAACAGAGAUGUAUCAGGUACACUUUUGACACCAACAUAUAGAGAGCAGAGAGCUACAACUACAGCUGGUACUCAUACAGAACAGAUGAAUACUAAUAAUAAUCGAUAUGAUACUAUUCCCAUAACAACAACCACAACAACAACAACAACAGUGAAUAAUGCUCAUCAAUCUUCUGCUUCAUCAUUGACAUCAACAUCAAGAUUAUUAACACGUUCACGAAUUAAUACACUAGCACAAAGAAGAACUCCGUCAAGUUUAUUUACACCGCAUAAUAGAAGUAUACAUCUUAACGAAAACAAUGAAAGACAAGUCACCAUAACAACAACAACAGCAACACGAAGAACACCAAGAAUAACAACUUCAUCAUCAUUCAUGACAGGAGACAGUAGUAGUGAUGAAGAUGAACAGGAUAGUGAUGAAAGCAGCAAUUGCUAG